AUGCCGGAAAGAAAAAGGGGAACCGACUCUCUCACUAUUGCUGACGAAGCCUUUUCAAAACUUUCGUCAACUAUUCAAACUGUCCAGUUGCGAGUGAGCGACGAACUGCCCAUCGAGCAGGCCAUUAAGCCGCACGAAGCCAAGCGGAUCAAAUACGCCUUUGAUCUUCUACAUGGGCCGCGACAACCAGUUUUAUCCAGAGCUGAUGAGAGGCGAGAUAAAUAUUGGCAUUUCUUAAUGCAAAUGAAAGAUGAUGGCCUUGUGGUCGCUGGUGCCCUUGGCCUCGGGCAAACAGCUAUUGGAGAUAUGAAGGAAGCACCAAGACUCCGCGUUCCAGUCAAAUUGAAGCAACGCAAGAAAGACUUAGGAUCAUCAUUUCUAGGAAGUCUCGCUUCGGUCUACUCCAGGACAGAAGUAGCAAGAACCAGUGUAUCUCCUUCAGAAGAACAAAUGCGGAUGCAUCACGAUCCUCUGAGCUCCAGUGAAAUACCUCCGCUCUCGGUGACACCACUACAAUCUACCGGUACUGAUUUACCUCUAAGUGGUUCGUCGCCGGCAUCAGAGCCACAGCAACAAAACGAAACCCUUUCGCCCGGUGGAGAGAAACCUCCGGAGGUCGCACAGAGUGGGCUAAAUUUCCUUCAACGAGAUGGCCACAAUCUAACGACUACAGGCUCUCUCCAUGGGCGCGUAUUUGCGCUGACACAUGAAGAUGUUCGCGCAGUCGCUAUUUCAAAUCAGAUAUCGGGUCAAGUUUGGAUGACGGAUCCGUACGAUAAUGCAUCAUUUUCAUUCAUAUCAAUGCCCAUUACGGAUGAAAUAUCACUUUAUUUCAGUACCCGGCGACGCCAGAUCAUGUGA